UCAUCCAUAGAACAAUCCAAUCCCCAAAUCUCAUCUGUAUUCCAAUCGAUCGCUCUCGUUUCUGUUUUUGAAUUCAAAAAAUGUCUCUGAUUCCGAGUUUCUUCGAGGGUCGCCGGAGCAACGUCUUCGAUCCCUUCUCCAUGGACCUGUGGGAUCCGAUCUUCUCCAACACGCUGGCCAAUUUCGCCGGGGAAUCCGCUCGGGAGACGUCUGCAUUCGCGAACGCCCGCAUAGACUGGAAGGAGACGCCGGAGGCGCACGUGUUCAAGGCGGACGUGCCGGGGCUGAAGAAGGAGGAGGUGAAGGUGGAGGUGGAGGAAGGUAGGGUGCUGCAGAUCAGCGGGGAGAGGAGCAAGGACAAGGAGGAGAAGAGCGACACUUGGCACCGCGUGGAGAGGAGCAGCGGGAGAUUCCUGAGGCGGUUCAGGCUGCCGGAGAAUGCCAGGGUUGACCAGGUCAAGGCUGCGAUGGAGAACGGCGUGCUCACCGUCACCGUCCCCAAGGUCGAGCAGAAGAAGCCCGAUGUGAAGAACAUUCAGAUCUCCGGCUAGACUUCCGGCCAGAUUCCAAAAAUAGCCGCUUGUUUUUGUUUUGUUUGGUCUUUUGAAUAAAAAUGUGUGAAGUGUGUCGUCGUCCUCGUCCUUUCUCUUGCUGCAAUCGCCAAGCGUUAUGAGCUAUGACGGUUUCUCUGUAAUUUUCUGCCAUGGUAAUAUAUGAAAUCGUUUGAGCUCUUUUGAAAUUCCCC